AUGCCUAUUGAUUACUCGAAGUGGGAUAAAAUAGAACUCUCCGAUGAUUCUGAUAUAGAGGUCCACCCAAAUGUUGAUAAACGCUCCUUCAUUAGGUGGAAGCAACGGGAUAUUCAUGAGAAGCGUCAUCAGAGAAACAUUGAGAUCAAGUCUAUCUUGAUCCAAUUGACCAUGUAUGCCAAAUUAAAUGCCAGACUUGACUUUUUGAUGGAGAAACUCAAACCAUCAGAGCUUCUUGAUGAAGCGAAAGUGAAGGCAGCUCUAGAUGGAGAGUUUGAUCCAAAGGAAAAGUUCGAUUAUGAGAAGCUCAAGAAGGAGAAAGGUAGUGAGCUUAGAAAGGGUUUGCAUGAUUUGGAGUUUUCUAAAGACGAAAUUGAGGCUACUCCACCGUAUAAUGAGAUGGUCGAGGACCUUUUCACUCAAGUUAAAGAAGACCAUCCUGAAGUUACCAAUGAUGACGAUAAGUUGAAGCAGCACCUCAAGGAACACAGACUUAAGAUUGACGAUAUCUUACUGAAGCAGUCAAUCAAACUCGACUCUUUGCUCCACGAAAAGGCGAACCUCAUCAGCAGUGAAGAUUACCAUACCGGUUUUGACAGCUCAUUUAUCAACAAAGACAAGAAAGACGCCGAAGAGAAGAAUACCAAACCACAGACCACUACUUCAACAUCUAUCGAGACCAUCAAUAAUCCACGUCAACCAGAAAAUACAAAGUCGUCAGGUUCCCAGACAGACGACGAAUAUGAUCAGCUCGAAGUUUUGCCUCCCACGGCCGAGUUCGCAAAGAUUGAUAUCCACAAGCUUGCGAAAAGCCGAGAAUUUUUGUUGUUGCAUCCCGAAAUUUGCACCGAACAUCAAAAAGACUCUCUCAUAAUGACUGCAUUUGAUCAUCAACUUGAAGGUCGUGAGAAAAUGACGAAGCAGGUUGUCCAUCAGUCCCUUUUAUUGCAAUACGUCUCUCAAUUGUCUGGUGGUGGGUUAAUAAAAGAUCGUGUCAUGCAAGCCAUUGAGAUAUUCUUUUCAAAAUUGAUGGACUCGUCCACCCCAGUUGCCGCUGCCUUCAAUGAGGAUGUCGAUAAGACAUUAAAGCACAUCCAAACUAGAUGUAAAGUCAUCCAAGAAGAACGCUCGGCACUGGGCGAAACUGAAAAUGAGGAGGCAGUUAUCCAGUUAAGAUCUCUCGAUGAAAGUAAGCAGUUGACAGUUAAUGUUCCCGAUGAAGGGACUGAGGAAUACAAAAUCUUUUCUCUGAAGCUCUCCCCAGAGAUGCAAGCUGCAAUCCAGACUGGCGAUCUUGACGAAGUGAAUAAAAUUUUUGCAUCCAUGAAGGUUGAAGAUGCAGAGGAAGUGUUGGAAAUCAUUAACGAGUGUAAUGUCAUCGGUCUUAGUGGCUAUCUAGAAAACGAAGAGGAGUUCGAGAAGAUGAAGGCUCAGCAAGAUGAUGCCCCACUGGUUGCUGACGAGCAACUAAAUGUGGACGACACUGUCGAUUAG